UAACGAUAUGGCAUAGCCGUUAGGAAGUUCUGCGUUGGUGUCAAGUCUACCUCUUUCCCCCUCCCCGCAGGACUUGGUGUAGUCCUUGGGGGUGUUACGGAGGGGGCGAUGGACAAUUCCAUCGUUGCAGGAGAGGGGGGAAAUGUAGAUUCCGGCUUCCCUGGAUGAGAGGCAAAUCUUAUCGCCGACGCUGGUUCGCCCGGUGUACGACUGACGGACUGAUUCAUUCACCGUUCUGGGCAGGCUAUGCCGGUGCCUCAUGGAGAGCGGCGGGAUCGCCGUGAAGAGGAGGACUCGAGGACGGUGGCGGUCGAGUCGGGGGAAUGGCAGAGCCGCUUCAGUGGGCAAAAAGACCCGAGACCGGACUUGCUCCCGAUCGCCGCUGCCCCGCAAGAAGCUGAGAAGUGGGGAGGCUCUGGAGGAGCAGGAAUAUCCUGAGGAGGUACCCACGAGGAGAGACCGGGAUAAUGGCAGCGAAGAUGACAUGUUUGUGGACUAUGACAGCUUUUCUGGUGACUCCUCUUUGUUAGCCAAAGAAGCUACAGAGCAAAGGUGUGCGCAGUCUCCUGACUUUGUUUUGGGUUCUAAAAGCCUAGAGAGUAGAACUGCUGUCCAGUUACAGAGUGCAGAACAGACAUCUUCAGAAAGUAUUACUUGCUUAAGAAGUAGAACAGAAUAUGAUCAGCAGGAGAGCAGUGUAAAGCCUCAAGAUGAUGAUGAUGAUCCAGAAUUCCUGCCAUCGUCGCAGCAUCAAUUUCAGUCCAAUGAAUGUUCUGCUGGCCCCAAUGCAACAGCAGAUGUACAACAGAGAGACUGUUGUAUGAAUGGCUGCCUUGACAAGACCUCAAAUCAGUCUUACUGCCAGAAGACAGAAUAUAAUAAAAAAGAUAAUGAACCAUCUAGAAGUGAACCGUCUACCAUUGCUUUGGCUGACCCCACCAGGAGAAAAAGUGUUACAGUUCAUCUCAAAAGUACAAUGACUGGGAAUGCAAGAGCUCCAGCGACACUAGUGUCUAAAAGCAAAGAGCUUAAGGAAGCUGCUGUAGCUGAAGAGACCAGUCUUGCUGAGGGAACAGCUGAUGCUUCAUUUGUUGAUAUUGGUCCUUUUUAUGGCUUACCCACCAAAGUCAAGGAGCUACUGGUAAAGUGCCGAGGAAUUGAAAAGCUUUAUGGUUGGCAGCAUGAUUGUUUAACAUUAGAUUCACUGAAGCAGAGAAAAAAUUUAAUAUACUCCUUACCGACCAGUGGUGGAAAAACACUUGUAGCUGAAAUUUUAAUUCUUCAAGAAUUGCUGUGCAGGCAAAUGGAUGUGUUAAUGAUCCUUCCUUAUGUGGCCAUAGUUCAGGAGAAGGUUGGGAAUUUAUCAGGUUUUGGAAUGGAACUGGGUUUUCUGGUUGAAGAAUAUGCUGGAAGUAAAGGAAAAAUUCCCCCUGUCAAAAGAAGGCUAAAGAAAUCGCUGUAUGUUUCUACUAUUGAGAAAGGACACAGCCUGGUGAAUUCCUUGAUAGAAACAGGACGAAUCAGUGACUUGGGUCUAGUUGUAGUUGAUGAGUUGCACAUGAUUGGAGAAGGAAGUCGUGGAGCUAUUCUAGAAAUGACACUUGCAAAGAUUAUCUAUGCAAGCAAGACUACUCAGAUCAUUGGAAUGAGUGCAACUUUAAGCAAUGUUGGAGACCUGCAGAAGUUUUUGAAGGCAGAAUACUACACCAGUAAUUUCAGACCAGUAGAAUUAAAAGAGUAUGUUAAAAUACAAGACAGCAUCUAUGAAGUUGACAGCACUGCAGAAGAAGGUUUUAAACUUUCACGUCUCCUUGAUUACAAGUAUUCUAGUAAUCUUCAAAAGAUAGACCCAGAUCACCUUAUUGCCUUGGCAACAGAAGUUAUUCCACUACACUCCUGCCUCAUCUUUUGUCCCACUAAAAAGAACUGUGAAAAUGUAGCUGAAACAAUAUGCAAGCACUUGAAGAGAGAGUAUAAAAUCCACAGGGAGAGAGAAAAACGGGACCUUAUCGAUGAUUUAACCAACAUUUGCAAUGGAAGACUUUGUCCAGUACUGAAGCGAACAAUUCCUUUUGGAGUUGCCUAUCACCACAGCGGCCUUACCAAUGAUGAAAGAAAACAAAUUGAAGAAGCCUAUUCUUCAGGCAUCCUCUGUCUCCUGACCUGCACUUCUACCCUUGCUGCUGGAGUAAACCUGCCCGCUCGAAGGGUCAUCUUAAGAGCUCCGUAUGUUGCUACAGAAUUCAUGAAGAAGACUCAGUAUAAGCAGAUGAUUGGCAGAGCCGGUCGUGCUGGCAUUGACAGUGCUGGCGAAAGCAUUCUUAUAGCGCAAGAAAAAGACAAACAGCUGGUUCGAAACUUAGUACACAGCCCUUUAGAAAGCUGUCACAGCAAUCUCCUGCUUGAGUGCAACAAAGGAAUCCGGAGCCUGAUCCUCUCUUUAGUUGGCUUGAAGAUAGCAACUAGCCCUAAAGAGGUUUGCCGCUUUAUGGACAGUACUUUGCUUAGAGUCCAGCCCCAACUUCUGCCUAAAGGGAAGAACCUGUGUGAUGUAACUGUGGAAGUGUUGCAGUGGUUGAAACAAAAUGGGCUCCUAAAGGAGAGGGCAGAGUGUGAGAGUGAAGACCCUUUGCAGCAUAAUUUAGAGAUCACUCACCUGGGUCAAGCCACUUACAAAGGUUCUGUCGACCUGGCAUACUGUGAUAAGCUCUAUGCAGACCUUAAGAAAGGCCUUGAGGGGCUAAUGCUUGAGAGCUGCCUUCAUUUACUCUACCUGAUAACACCAUAUGACAUGGUUUCCCAGUGUACCCUGGAUUGGAUGAUCUAUUUUAAACAGUAUAAUCAGAUGUCUCCAGCAGAGCAGCAAGUAGUAGCCACUGUUGGAGUGCCAGAGAGCUUUAUAGCUAUAAAGGCUUCUGGACAAGCCAUCAGGAAGCAUGUGGAUAGCAGCAACGUCGGUAAACUAUACUUGUCCUUCAUUCUUCAUGCUCUAAUAAAAGAGACCAACAUUUGGAGCGUGGCAGAAAAAUUUAACGCAUCUCGUGGAUUUGUUCAAACCCUGCUUAAUUCGGCGGCUGCGUUCUCCUCCUCCGUUCUGCAUUUCUGUGAGGAACUGGAUGAAUUUUGGGUUUAUAAAGCUCUCUUCACAGAACUUAGCAAGAAAUUGACCUACUGUGUUAAGGCAGAGCUCAUUCCUCUUAUGGAAGUGGCAGGAGUUUUGGAGGCCCGAGCCAAGCAACUCUACAACACAGGGUAUAAAACGCUAGCACACUUGGCGAAUGCAAAUCCAGAAGUGCUGGUGAAGACUAUUGAGCAUCUGUCCAGACGUCAGGCUCGACAAAUAGUUUCAUCUGCAAAGAUGCACCUGGCUGAAAAGGCAGCGUCUUUACAAGAGGAGGCUGAAGCACUGCUCCAAAUACCUGCGGACAUUCCAUGAAGCUUCCUGAUCACUCUUCAACAUGAACGUGAAAAUCAGGCAAUUAAUUUAC